AUGGCCUCUCCUGGUCGAACUGUCUCCCCACCGCCGGACGGGUCCAACGCUUUGGCGGAUGCUACUGGCAUUGAUGUGGCGCCCCGCACUUCCCACGAAUCUGCCAUAGCAGGUCAGGGCCUGCGCGCAGGUGGACACCGAACCUCCUCGGCGGCCGCUCAGCAGAUGGAGCAAGAUCUCGAUGCCGCAAGGCAAAUGUCCAGAGCUCGAGCAGGCAGCAAUGCAGGUGCUCAUCACUCGCCGCUAUCACCAAGAGUUCAGAUACCUUAUGGAACCCGUCGACCUUCUCACACAGAGUUGCCCGAGCCCGCUCUGGAGGUGGACACCCAAUUGGACCCGUCGCGUCUUCAUCACAGCACCUCGCCUCAUCGAGCUUACACAUUCGCCACCGGAACCUCUCCUGCUGCUUACAGGCAACAUCAAGAGCAACGAGAAGCUGCUGCAGCUGCUGCUCAUUUUUACCAGCAACGGAGGCACGGCUCAAACACUUCGCUCGACUCGGCGAACCACUUCAUUGACCAUCGCUCGAAUCAAGCUUUCGGUCCUCAUGCUGGCUCGUACGUAGCCAGUCCCUCGCGUCUACAAGCAGCUGGAAGCCUUGCCUUUGGAGGCAGCGGCUCCAGGUCAUUUGCUAGAAGCGGACUUCGCAGCCCAUCUGCCCUUCGAGCGCAAGACGAGUCCGCGCUCGUCGAUACCGAGGGACCGCCUGGAGCGGGACUUUCGCCAACAGAUGUGCGAGGUGAUCAUGGAGUCAGCACGCCUCAUACCAUGUCGCGCAGACCCAGCGCUCUUGAGGAUGACGUCUGCUUCCCGCUCAACGCCCACACCGCCGAAGGGCAGGAUCUCUUGCGCGACGGGAGCGCUGCGACCCCGCGUCAUGCUCUUGGCCCUCACUCGCAUGGACCUGCAAUGGCUGAGAAUGAAGAAGACCUGCACUGCGAGCCUCACGACGACCAGCGCCUACCUCCUGGGUAUCCCUUCAACUUUGACUUGUCUGCCCUAGAAGAUUUUGCCAGGGAGGAGCGCGAGCGCUUGACGACUGGCGCAGCUCCUCCAGUAACCUUCGGCACAGGCCUGCGCAAUCGGCAUGCUGCUAUGCGCUCCCAAAGCGGAGCAGACAACUAUGGUAGCACAGCAUACGGCGCGAGCCCAGACUCUGACGAUGCAACAUUCUACAGCCGCCGACCUCGGCGCUUCGUACCAGCGGACGCCGCCGCAGCACAAUCCAAAGGUGGUCCCCAGACUGCAGCUGGCGGAAGCAAGUACCAGCGCAAGCUCGCACUGUUCGAAGGGUCAGCAACGUCUCCACCUCCCCCUGCUGUAGGGGGUCGAGCAUCGACAGUGAGCGGUGCUGCAAACAUCAUGGGGUCGGGUGCUCUAAUGACCGAAGAUGCCAUUCGAGCACGGCAGGCGAAUCAGACACAGGAUGCAAAGACGCCUUUGCUCGGUGAUCCGCCCGUGCCUUCAUACACAUCCGCUUACGACGUUUCACCGGACCGAGACGGCGCAGAUGGGGACGGGCCUCCGAAGUUGCCACGCUCACAGAGCAUGGGCGCCAACUUCGAUCAUGGACAUGGUCGAGGUGCGUUGAGCGCUGCUCAACGUCGGCGUAGCGGCGCAGGGUUUGGAUCCCGCUCGACCGCAGAGAAGCCGUACCGCUUUACCUUCUACUCCAACGCUCUCCCAUCCACCAUUCAUGCCCGCCAUUUGGCUGAGCUCCCUGCUCCUGGUCAAACCUUCGAAGAGUUCUUUAGCGGCAUCAGCCCUGCUUCAGACAGCGAGGGUGUCACAAGGAAUCAGACUCCGGCUGAAGGAGAGGACGGUGGCAUGAACGGUGGCGCGAACACUCCCGCUGCGGGCACCGGCAGCAGCAAGCUGGAUAUCAACGGCAAAGAUGCCAGGCCUUUGCGGCAGACGUCCGUGCUUGCCGCUCAGCUUGGCAGAAUGGAAGGUGGCACACAGCCGCCCACGGGUCGCAACACUCCAGAGCUGAGCGCCGGGCCCUUGCCAGCAGCUCCGCUGAGUGCGGGCAAUCAAAGCACCUUUCAACGAAUCCCGACUAUGACCAGCGCCGCUCGCAAUUCACAGGCAAUGUUGCCUGCGAGAGUCGCGCCGGGUGGUGGGAUCAGGAUGGACCAGGACCCGGAAGCGAACACCUGGUGGCUAGACGUGCUUUGCCCAACGGACCAAGAAAUGAAACUUCUUAGUCGGGUGAGUCUUUAGGCAAUUCCUGGUCGGCUUGGUCCGCGCAGGAGGACUGACACCCGCGUGCCCGCACAGGUGUUUGGUAUUCAUCCAUUGACAACAGAAGAUAUUCUCAUGGAAGAAACGCGCGAAAAGAUCGAGCUUUUUAGGUGAGACUUGUCCAUUGCCACGUCACCGCGUGCUUCGCUGACCGCCUGCGUCUCUGCAACAGAAACUACUACCUGGUCUGCUUCCGCUCCUUCGAUCAGGAUCCAUACAGUCCCACGUAUUUGGAGCCAUUGAACAUGUACAUCAUCGUGUUCAGAGAGGGCACUUUAUCAUUCCACUUCAGGGCCACGCCUCACCCCCAAAAUGUUCGCAGGCGCAUCAAGCAACUCAAGGACUACAUCAAUGUCACGUCGGAUUGGAUCAGCUAUGCCCUCAUCGACGACAUCACGGACGCGUUCGGCCCCCUCAUCCAGUCCAUCGAGUACGAAGUAGACAGCAUCGACGAGCUGGUGCUCAUUCUCAAGGAAGCCGAGCAGUCUGAUAUGCUUCGGAGAAUCGGCACCUGCCGCAAGAAAGUCAUGGGUCUCUUACGUCUUAUGGGCAACAAGGCGGACGUCGUGAAAGGGCUGGCCAAACGUUGCAAUGAAAAUUGGUCCGUCGCUCCAAAGAGCGACAUUGGAUUGUAUCUCUCCGACAUUCAAGACCAUCUGAUCACCAUGACCCAGAAUCUGAACCACUACGAAAAGAUUCUUUCGAGAAGUCACUCCAACUACUUGGCACAGAUCUCCAUCGAAAUGACCGACGCCAACAAUCAGAUCAACGACGUCCUGAGCAAGUUGACGGCGCUCGGUACCGUGAUUGUGCCAAUGAACAUCAUCACGGGUCUGUGGGGUAUGAACGUGAACGUGCCUGGUCAGGAUCAAGGAACGCUGGCUUGGUUCUUUGGUAUCAUUGGAGUCAUGAUCUUCCUCGCCGUCGUUGGUUACAUGGCCACCAUUCGCUUCAUCUCCAAAUAG